GCCAAGGCAUAACGACAUUGCUAGACGACAGGCCACCACCAAGGAUUGUUUACAUGCAUUUUAUUAUCUAUUUCUAGCUGCUUCAGGCUGACAGGAUGUCAUUAAAGCCUCGUGCGGUGAAUUUUGAUGAAGUAUGGGGAGGCUUGUUGGAGACUGUGCAGCAAGUUGUCACAAUGGAUUCAAUCAAACGCAGCAUCUGGAACGAAAGAUUCUCUGAUGUGUACUCACUGUGUGUGGCCUUUCCAGAGCCCCUUGCAGAAAAAUUGUAUGCAGAGACAAAGAAGUUACUUGAAAAUCAUGUUCGAGAACUUUACUCUAAGGUAAGCAAGCAGCGGGAAGAGAACUUGUUGGCAGAGUACCACCGCUUCUGGCUGGAGUUUAGUGAAGGCACACAGUACCUCAACAACCUCUAUUCAUAUUUAAAUUCACAACACAUUCAGAAGCAGAAGUUUAGUGAUGCGGAUCUUACAUAUGGCACGAUGCAGAUGGAUGUCUCUGAACAGCUUCUAGAAAUAGGUGAACUUGGGUUAGAGAUAUGGCAGAAAGAUAUGAUCACACCACUACAGUCACGUCUGGUUGGGGUAUUACUCUCGGGGAUUCAGCAGGACCGUAUGGGAGCGACCACAGAUGCCCCCACAUCCACCAUUCGUGGUGUUAUUCACUCCUUCGUCGAUGUUAAUAUGUAUAAAAAGAAGUCUACUUUACAGCUAUAUGAAACAAUUUUUGAAGGGGAAUUACUAAGCGAGAGUGGUUCAUUUUAUCGUAAAGAGGCAUCCUCCCAACUUCAAGUAUGUAAUGUAUCUCAGUACAUGGAGCGUGUCAUUGCCAGACUAACUGAUGAGGAGUUGCGAGCAACAAAGUUCCUCCCUCCAAGUUCACAUCAGAAGGUAGUGAAAGAGGUCCAGGAUCGGAUGGUAGCUGACCACCUGUCCACCGUUCAUGCCGAGACUGGAUCUAUGGUAAAUUCUGAACGUACCAGAGACCUCUCCAACAUGUACACUUUAUUACGACCAGUACCCAGUGGACUGACACAACUCGUUCACCACCUCAAGGAUCAUAUAAAACAACAAGGCCUUCAGGCCAUAACCAACCUUAAGGGAGAUAAUAUUCCUGCUCAGUUUGUGGAGAGCCUACUUGAAGUGCACAAGAAAUACCGUACCAUGAUUACUGAUGUGUUUCACAAUGACCAACAGUUUGUUGGGGCCCUUGACAAAGCCUUUGAGAGUGUUGUUAACCACAGAGGAACCACAAAAGUUAACUGUCGAUCUCCAGAGCUCCUUGCAAGAUAUUGUGAUACUCUCCUCAAGAAAUCAACCAAAGGCCUCAAUGAAAGUGAAGUAGAUGAUAAGCUGGGCCAUAGCAUCACCAUAUUCAAAUACAUCGAUGAUAAGGAUGUAUAUCAAAAGUUCUACGCACGGAUGCUGGCAAAGCGUCUCAUUCAACAGCAGAGUCAGUCUAUGGACUCGGAGGAAGCCAUGAUCAAUAGGCUUAAGCAAGCGUGUGGGUAUGAAUACACCAGUAAACUCCAUCGUAUGUUCACUGACAUGUCUGUCAGCUCUGAUCUAAACCACAAAUUCAACGAUUUCCUUAAGGCAAAGAAUAUUGAACUAGGCAUCAAUUUCUCUAUAAAUGUUCUUCAGGCGGGUGCCUGGCCACUGGGGCAGACAAGCAUCACAACAUUUGCUGUGCCUCAAGAACUGGAAAAAUCUGUACAAACAUUUGAAAGUUUUUAUCACAAGCACUUUAAUGGUAGGAAGCUUACAUGGCUACAUCAUUUAUGUCAAGGAGAGUUGAAGGUGAGCCACAGCAAACGGACAUAUCUCAUCACCAUGUCGACUUUCCAGAUGGCUAUGUUGCUCAUGUAUGAGAAGGUGGAUAGCCUUACAUGCAGCGAACUUCAGACACACACCCACCUCAAUGAAGAGCAAUUCACAAAGUUCCUACAAUCACUGUUAGACAGCAAGCUUCUCUUGACAGAUGCUGAGAAUCUCCAGGAUGACACAGUUGUGCGUCUCAACACCGAUUACAGUAAUAAACGAACCAAAUUCAAGAUCAGUGUGGCGCCACAGAAGGAGCAGCAACAUGAAGCAGAGCAGACUCAUUCAGCGGUUGAGGAGGAUCGUAAACUAUACCUUCAAGCAGCAAUAGUUAGGAUAAUGAAAGCACGGAAACUGCUCAAACACACCAUGCUUAUUCAAGAGGUCAUCAGCCAAUCCCGAGCAAGAUUUGCACCACAAAUCCCAAUGAUCAAGAAGUGUAUAGAACUGCUAAUUGACAAACAGUAUCUUGAACGCACCCCUAACACUACAGACGAGUAUAGCUAUGUUGCUUAAUUCUUAGAUUUGUUAGUUGUUUUUUCAUAAUUUGUGGAAAGACCUGUGAUUGUUGGCCUAAGAGAGGAAACAUUAUUCCAGCAUUGUUUUCUUUCUUAUUUUAAUAAUUUAAGUAAUUUUUACUGAAAAAUCCUUAAAGGUUGACACUCACAGAUGAAACCCUCCUCCAGAUGUUUGACUUCACUCCAGAGUGAGGUAUGUACAGUGUGUUGCCUGUUUGACGGUGAAUUUUGUACAUUGAUGUAGGUGUUAAAAACUUUUCUUGCCUCUACAGAAGGCUGCUAUUCACAGCCUGGUAUGUAAAUAACCCAGAUAGAAUGGUGUAGUUUAUAUGGGUUGUAUGCUACUGCUUGUUCUAAAAGCUAGACUCUGGACACUGGCCACAUCCAGCUAGGACGAUGGAAGGACUUCUUGGCACAGGUAGCAAAAGUACCUUAUGUUACCAUUUUUUAUUAUAUAUUAUGAUAUGUGAAAUAUUAGAUGCAACUGAUUCCUUGCUCAGACUUGGCUAGGCUGAAACUUUGUAUAAAAAUUAAGUCUUUCAUGCUGUGUCCAGCAUUUGUAACUAUGAAAAUGAAUUGCACUUCAGAUGAAUUUAUGAAGGUAAAAAAUGCUGUGCCUUUUUUUCUUUUUCUUCUUCUUCCUUCUCUCUGUAUUUGAUGGUGUCCCACUGUGUGGGAUUACCCAAGCGCAGAAUCUCCUUUAUGCUUUUUCCCCCCCAUGAUAUAUAUAUACUGUCUAAAUAUACUCUUUUUGAUUCACAUUGGAAGUAUAAAAGGUUCUUUCAAACAUCAAACCUUUUAUUUUCAUGUUGCUUAUGAAUUCUAACUUCAUCAUAAAUGGCAGCAGUUUAUAACUUUCUCUCAAACUUUGCAGCCAUAGUUAAUAUGUUUAGAGCAACAUAUCUGAUUUUAAUAUUGUGGUGUAUAGUUUCACUCUCUUGACAUUGUUGUUGAACCUUAAAAACAUUAAAAAAAUUUCACACUGCUGAAAGGAAAUUUAUAAAAAAAAACUCAAGACAAAUGUAUUUGUAUAGGCAUGUACUCCCUGAUAUACUAAAUUAGCAUUUUUAUGUAGAGUUCUAGCUAGUGUUGAAUGAAGCAUAUGCUUUUUUUUUUAUCUAAAAUCAUAAAUGAUGGUGUACUGUUUAUCAACUUUUGAAGGAAAAUAAAACAUAACAAAAGAAAAUUACAGAACUUUUCAAAAUAUUUCAGAAUACAUCUAGAGGCAUAUUAGUUUUACUUUUGCUUCAAGCUUCAAAAAUUUUGGGGGUUAUCCUUUUAAUUUUUCUUUGUUUUAGUGUCAAAUUUUAAUUAUUGCAUGUUGGGCUCAUAUGCUUUUUAUUGCCUACCUGGAACUCUGCACAUCAUAUCAGUUCUAACAUCAAUAUCUGAGAAUGAUAAGAAACAAUGGAACUGAUGGAAAAAUUUGAUGAAGGAUACAAACAUUGAAGUCUUCAUGAAUGAAACAUUAAAAUAGUUUUAUGAGACAAUUCACAUGGGAUCAUUAUCUACACAUUGUCCAGGUGAAAAGUUGAAUGGUAAGGUUUUCUCUGAUAUUUUCAGUCAAUACAGGUGGAUCUUGAUAGCAUGACUAAGAUUGGUUAGUCCUGUCACCACAGACCUUUAUUGUAACGCAUUACCUAUGCAAAAGCUUUUUGAAGUUCCCUGUCUUCAUUUUUUUUUGCUUGAAGUCAGUAGGUAACCUAAUUUUAAAAAGUUUGUCAAAGUUUUUCCUUGUUUGCUUUAUAUAUAUCUUUUAUGGGGAUAAUGUACUGUACUUUAAGAUAAAAUCUUGUAAACUUCCCUAUUGGGGGCUGUAAAUUAGACUUGCCCUCUAUUGGAUAUGAAUUAUUUGUUAAAGAUUUUCACUAACCCCACAAUAUUGGGAAUGUUAGAGGUCAUAGGAGGAAGAUUGGCUUAAGAUUUUGUUUACUGUAUUGUACAACGGAAAGAGUGAAAUUAAAAUGCCUAUGUUUCUCAGUUGGUUUAAACAUAUUAUUUCACUUGCACUCUUUAACUGGUCACUUUUUUUUUAUCAUAAGUGAGCUUUCACAAUUUUUUGUUUUUGUUUUGCCAUAUUUGAUGGGGGUAUAUAUGGUAAUUGAGGUACUACAUAGACAGGUUUAUUGAUACAAAAGGGAACUAGCCAAAUAAGAACACAAGAAAAAACUUUAUAGGUCGGUGUAAAGUUUUACAAACUAGUAUACAUAAUGUUUGGAGAUUACAUUUGUGUGGGCCAAAGAAUUGUGAAAUAUUGUGUACUGGAUAGACAUUUCAAGUAAUUGACAAGGUGGAAGGGUUUCAUAAAGGUAACCCCAAGUGUCUCACUAGUUGCUGAAUUGCUUCCUUUUGUUUAUAAGUAGGAUUUGAAACUUAGAUUUUAACUCGUUUUUAUAUUAAAAUGUAAAUGUAAAUAUAACUUAUAAAUAUGAAAUAGUUUAUAAAUUAUAAAAAAACAAAACACUUAAAGAACUUUAUCAAAGUU